GCCUCCAGCUUCUGAGCUGGUGUCCCCAAGGGUCAUUUCUCUCCAGACACUGAAUGAAGAGGUGACUAGACCCUGCAGAUCCAGCCAUGGCAGAGCAGGAUCGUAUCUGCAGCUCCAAGUGGGAGGCACCACGGGACAAGAGCUCCUUGGAUUCGGCGUGGUCGUGGAUCCCAAUAAUGAGAGACCCUGGGUGGAUCCGAAGUGUGUGGCCUUCAAACAUCAACGUUCAGACAAUGAAUUACGUGGGGCAGUUGGCCGGCCAGGUGUUUGUGACAGUGAAGGAGCUCUACAAGGGCCUGAACCCUGCCACGCUGUCGGGAUGUAUCGACAUCAUCGUUGUCCGCCAGCCCAAUGGCAGCCUGCAGUGCUCCCCUUUCCACGUCCGCUUCGGGAAGAUGGGUGUCCUGCGCUCCCGGGAGAAAGUGGUGGACAUAGAAAUCAAUGGGGAGUCUGUGGAUUUGCACAUGAAGUUGGGAGACAAUGGAGAAGCCUUUUUCGUUCAAGAGACUGACAACGAUCAGGAAGUCAUCCCUGUGUACCUGGCCACGUCCCCCAUCCUGUCAGAAGGAGCUUCUAGAAUGGAAAGCCAGCUGAAAAGAAACUCUGUGGAUAGACUCAGGGGCCUGGAUCCCACCAUGACUGCCCAGACCCUGCCUCCCAGCGACACUCCAUCUGCUGGUUCCCUGGGGAAGAAGAGAAGGAAAAGGAGGAGGAAGUCUCAGUUGGACAAUCUGAAAAGAGAUGACAAUAUCAACACGUCUGAGGAUGAGGACAUGUUUCCCAUAGAGAUGAGCUCUGAUGAGGAAACAGUACCGAUGGAUGGGAGCAGAACUCUUCCUAACGAUGUACCACCAUUUCAAGAUGAUAAUCCUAAGGAAAACCUCCCCUCAAUUUCGGCGUAUCCCCAGUCAGCAUCAUACCCCAAUUCAGACAGAGAGUGGUCCCCCAGCCCCAGCAGCCUGGUAGAUUGCCAGAGGACUCCCCCUCAUGUGGCCGUGGGAGUUCUUUCUAGCUCUUGUCCUCUACAGUCUUCCCACUUCCAUGCUUCGGAAAGUCCCUCAGGCUCUCGGCCUUCAACACCAAAAAGUGAUUCUGAGCUGGUCAGUAAGUCUGCGGACAGAUUGACACCAAAGAAUAACCUGGAAAUGCUCUGGCUAUGGGGUGAAUUGCCACAGGCUGCAAAGUCAUCUUCUCCACACAAGAUGAAAGAGUCCAGCCCCUUAGUGGGUCGGAAGAUCUCUGAUAAAAUUCACUUUCAGGCCAUUCAUAGUGAGUCAUCAGACACUUUUAGUGACCAGUCACCAACAGUGGCCCGGGGGCCUCCCAUCCACGAGAGUAAGGCUCAGAUGGAAGUGCAGUUUCUCAAUGAGGAGGAUCUUGAGGCCUUAGGAGCGGCGGCCCCACCUUUACCAGUGGCUGAAGAGCUCAAGCCCCCAGCUGCCAGCACUACACAGACAACGAGCAAGACAGAUUCCCCUUCCAGGAAAAAAGAUAAACGGAGUCGACACCUUGGAGCUGAUGGCGUUUACCUGGAUGACCUCACAGACAUGGACCCCGAAGUGGCAGCACUGUAUUUCCCCAAGAAUGGAGACCCUGCUGGGCUUCCCAAGCAAGCCAGUGACAACGGGGCCAGGUCAGCUAACCAGUCCCCACAGUCAGUGGGCAGUUCGGGCAUCGACAGUGGUGUGGAGAGCACCUCGGAUGGCCUGAGGGACCUGCCGUCCAUCGCCAUCUCCCUCUGUGGUGGCCUCAGUGACCACAGAGAGAUCACUAAAGAUGCAUUUUUGGAACAAGCCGUGUCAUAUCAGCAGUUUGCCGACAACCCUGCUAUCAUCGAUGACCCCAAUCUCGUGGUCAAGAUUGGUAAUAAGUAUUACAACUGGACAACAGCAGCUCCUCUACUUCUGGCGAUGCAGGCUUUCCAGAAGCCUUUGCCAAAGGCCACUAUGGAAUCCAUCAUGAGAGACAAGAUGCCCAAAAAGGGAGGAAGAUGGUGGUUUUCCUGGAGGGGAAGAAACUCCACAAUCAAAGAGGAAAGCAAGCCUGAGCAGGGCCUGCCGGGGAAGGGCCACAACACCGGAGAGCAGCCUGCGCAGCUUGGCCUGGUCACCAGAAUAAAGCAUGAGUCAUCCUCCAGUGAUGAAGAGCUCGCAGCUGCCAAGCCAUCAAGCUCAGGCCACCUCUCUAUUUUGUCCAACGUCAGCUACAAAAAGACCCUGCGGCUUACUUCAGAGCAGCUGAAAAGCUUGAAGUUAAAGAACGGCCCCAAUGAUGUAGUGUUUAGUGUCACCACCCAAUACCAGGGCACCUGUCGCUGUGAAGGCACCAUCUACCUGUGGAACUGGGAUGACAAAGUCAUCAUCUCGGAUAUCGAUGGGACCAUCACAAGAUCUGAUACUCUUGGUCACAUUUUGCCCACGUUGGGAAAAGAUUGGACUCACCAGGGCAUUGCAAAGCUGUACCAUAAAGUAAGCCAGAAUGGCUACAAGUUUCUCUACUGUUCGGCGCGUGCCAUUGGGAUGGCAGACAUGACGAGGGGCUACCUGCACUGGGUCAAUGAGAGGGGCACAGUGCUGCCACAGGGGCCACUUCUGCUCAGCCCAAGUAGCCUCUUCUCUGCUUUGCACAGAGAAGUGAUUGAAAAGAAGCCAGAAAAGUUCAAAGUCCAGUGUUUGACGGACAUCAAAAACCUGUUUUUCCCAAACACAGAACCCUUCUAUGCUGCUUUUGGGAACCGGCCUGCUGAUGUGUAUUCCUACAAGCAAGUGGGGGUGUCCUUGAACAGGAUCUUCACUGUCAAUCCCAAGGGUGAGCUGGUGCAGGAGCAUGCCAAGACCAACAUCAGCUCGUAUGUGAGGCUCUGCGAAGUAGUUGACCACGUCUUCCCAUUGCUGAAGAGAAGCCAUUCAUCUGACUUCCCCUGUUCAGACACUUUCAGUAACUUCACCUUUUGGAGAGAGCCGCUGCCGCCCUUUGAAAACCAGGACGUACACUCAGCCUCAGCUUGAUGCAACCGAGCAUUAACAAUAGGUUGUGGGACUCUGGAGCUGCUGGGAAGGCUGCUAUGCCACCAUCUGCCUAAGAGAGAAGCAUUUCUCCCUUGACUCGCUUGUCCUAGGGUGACAUAUCUAAGUGUGGAGGGCGGAUGGUGGCUGCGUCUCAUCCCAUAGGCUGCAAGAGGAUUGG